GAGUACUCUGCGUCUCUUCUGCUGUGCUGGAAAAGAGAAAUAAACAAGAUAGUGAAUAAAAUAAAAGAGAGAAAACACAGGCAUACACACACAGGCAGUGCAAAGCCCCACCUCUGUCAUUUACCUGAGGGUGAAGCCUCAAAGUUUUGCACGCAGAGCAGCUUUGCAGACAAUGGGAUGAACUGAAAGGGUGAUUUGUCAAGGUGGGAAAGCACUGACUGGCUCGAGCCACUCACAGAGAGACCUUGCGCGCGUGGAGCGCUCUCUCCCCUAUCUUUCCACUCAUCGUUCCCUGCGCUCGAGCGAGCACCAGCGGGGUUUCUCAAACGGCGAGUUGAAAAUACAAGGGGGGAAAGAAGUGAAACCGACAUAAUAGAAAGGGAAACUAUACAGAGAGGGAUAAGCAAAAAAAAAAAACAAAAACACAUCGUUUCUCCCAUUCUGGUCGUAAGCCUUUGACACGCAGAACUGAGCCGCGUCGCUGCACGGACUGUAGCGCGCGCAGGGCUGUGCGCUCCUUCAGCCAGCUAAUCUUGUGGACUAAAGGACUGCGAGCGGCGUUUCAAGUUCUGCUCAUCGCACAUCUCGGCCUGGCUGAAUGCACCAUGCUGUCCUGAAUCCAGGAGCCAAGGCGACGCCCCGAUGUGGAAGCGCUACCCGCCGUGGUUAUGAGGACAGGAGGGAUUUUAAAGUGACUGCACUUCUCGGCGCUGAGAUUUAGUGGACAUCUGUUUCUGAAGAGCUCUGCAACCAGGAUUAAUAUGCUGACAGAAAAGAAUUAAGCGUGCACAGACAGCAUGGCUGAAAUGGAGAUGGCUUCUCAGAGUGAGCUUUGACAGAAUGGUAGACUGCAUCGGCAAAGUCAUGCUGCACACGGCUAUCUCAUGCUGGCAACCGUUCCUGGGGCUUGCCCUUAUCGUCAUCUUCGUCAGCUCCGCCCUCGGUUGCCCCGCCCGCUGCGAGUGCUCCGCCCAGACCAAGUCCGUCAUCUGCCACCGCAAGCGCCUGCUGAGCGUCCCCGAGGGCAUCCCCAUUGAGACCCGCAUCCUGGACCUCAGCAAGAACAAGCUGCGGAGCGUCAACCCCGAUAACUUCUCUUCCUACCCGCAGCUGGAGGAGCUGGACCUCAGUGACAACAUCAUCAGCUACGUGGAGCCCGGCGCCUUCAACGCCCUCAUCAACAUGCACACGCUCAGCCUGAAGAGCAACCGCAUCAAGCUCAUCCCCCUGGGCGUGUUCACCGGCCUGGCCAACCUCACCCUGCUGGACAUCAGCGACAACAAGAUCGUCAUCCUGCUGGACUACAUGUUCCAGGACCUGCGCAACCUCAAGACCCUGGAGGUUGGGGACAACGACCUGGUGUACAUCUCGCACCGCGCCUUCUGCGGCCUCCUGAGCCUGGAGACGCUGACGCUGGAGCGCUGCAACCUGACGGUGGUGCCCACAGAGGCCCUGUCCCACCUGCGCAACCUGGUCAGCCUGCAGCUGCGCCAGCUCAGCAUCAACGUCCUGCACCCCUACUCCUUCAAGAAGCUGUUCCGCCUCCGCUACCUGGAGAUCGACAGCUGGCCCUCCCUGGACGAGGUCCCCGCCAACACCUUCCACGGCCUCAACCUGACCACCCUCUCCAUCACCAACACCAACCUGUCCUCCUUCCCCUACCAGGCCCUCCGCCACCUCCCUUACCUCACGCACCUCAACCUGUCCUACAACCGCGUCAGCUACAUCGAGGGGGGCAUGCUGCAGGACCUGGUGCGCCUUCGCGAGCUGCGCCUGGCCGGCGCCCAGCUGGCCGCCAUCGAGCCCUACGCCUUCCAAGGCCUCCGCUCGCUCAAGGUCCUCAACGUCUCGCACAACCAGCUGGACACGCUGGAGCGGGCCGUCUUCCAGGCCCCCGAGGCACUGGAGAAGCUGCUGAUCGACGGCAACCCGCUGGUGUGCGACUGCCGCCUCAUGUGGCUCCUUCAGCGCCGAUACUCCCUCCACUUCGGCGACGCCCAGCCCGAGUGCAGCACCCCGGAAGGGGUGCGCGGCCGGCCCUUCCGCGAGUUCAAGGAGUCCCUGCUCUCCUACUACGUGACCUGCACCAAGCCGAAGAUCCGCGAGAACAAGACGCAGCUGCUGUUCGUGGACGAGGGGCAGCCGGCGCGGCUGUACUGCAGCGCCGACGGGACGCCUCGGCCGGUGGUGACCUGGUUCACCCCGCGCCGGCGCCAGAUCACCAACAAGAACAACGGGAGGGUGACGGUGCACAGCAGCGGCAUGCUGGAGAUCAAGGUCUCAGAGGUGCACGACAGUGGCGUGUACGUCUGCAUGGCAACCAACGCGGCGGGGAACGACACCCUGUCAGCCUCGCUGGCCGUGAAAAGCCUUGGCAUUAGCGACAGGUCUCUCUAUGCCAACAGGACCUCGCAGUACUACACGGACCUCAACAACACCGCCGCCAACGGGACCAACCUCUACAACAUGACCUUUGGCCUGGACCUAAAGACCAUUUUGGUGUCCACGGCCAUGGGCUGUUUCACGUUCCUGGGGGUGGUCCUCUUCUGCUUCCUGCUCCUCUUUGUGUGGAGCCGUGGGAAGGGGAAGCACAAAAGCAACAUCGACAUCGAGUACGUCCCGCGGAAGUCCAACGGGGCGGGGACGGAGGGCGCCGAGCAAGCGGGACCUCGCCGGGUCAACAUGAAGAUGAUUUAAUGCCAUUAACGAAUCAAGGUAGGAAAAAAAAAAUAAUUCACACGAGACUACAAUGGGAGUAGCAACAGCGGUCAGAAAGGACUACUGCAGCCUCACACCCAGAGGCCUCGAGGGGACGGGUGACGCGCUGUAUUCUGCAGGGACAAGAGUGAGCAUGCCCAGUGCGAACACUCUCAGUGGACCUGGAGCCUGGAGGCAGUUUGCUGGAGGUUGAUUAUGGGCUUUUCAGAAUUUUGUAUUUGCCCACUUUGGAUCCACUAAAGUGCGGGGCUGGAUUACAGAAACACUGCAGAUCUGUGUACAGUACAUAUUUGUAUCUAAAAAAAUGUAUUUGUUAAGUCUUGCGUCAUGCUUACCCCUUGCAACAACAAGACAGAAUAUCUUAACAAAAACAUAGGUUUACAUAUAUAUACUUAAUAGUGCAUUAUGUGUAUGUAUGUAUGCAUAUGUGCAAUCUUUUUAAAGCAAUAUGUAUGGGAUACGACUUCAGCCGAAACGAAAACAACCCAGAGCAGGCUUUUUCCCCUCCUCACUUUUAUAACUGCUUGUGAAUCACCAGAUUUGACAGGAUUUCAGUAAUGUUCAUGCAGGAUGAAGCAUAUCUUGUUGAAUGAGUUCCACUUGAAAUGUCAUUUCAUUUGGAAACGCCGGAUAAUAAUCACGACAGCCCUCAAACCCCCUCCAAAAAAAACAGGCGGAAAAAAUAUAUAUCACUGGUUACCAUGAAAAGUGAGAUUUUGUAAUAUCAGGUUCUGUGAUUUUAAGACUUAUUGAAGAAUAGUACAUUUAUUUAUAUGGGAAUUAACAUCCUUGCUUUGAGCUACCUUAUGAAUCACUGUUUCUUGUCCUUUCUUUUUGUUUUUGUUUUUCUUUCUGUCUUUGACCCCAAUCUUUCCAGGUGACUUGCCUGGGU